AUCGCUGCCAGGCUGCGUGGUCCUGGACCACUGCGCGAACUUUUUCCCUUCUUCAGAGAAAUAGCGAGGAUGCUACUCCGGAUUCCAUCGUUCGUUUCUUGCUACCUGUCGUUCCCGCUCUCCAUUUGCAGUUUCAGACCCCGGAAUAUGUGCACAACGAAGAUCAAAGAUGAUGGUGUUGGUCAACAGAUUUCUCAUGAAAGGAAGCAGGCAACUUAUCGAAUCUGCAGUGUUUCAAGUCAUAUGACCGAGUUACUCGAGUUGCGUGCAGAGGAUCCUUCAUUUCAUGUUCUGUUCAUCCCUGGAAAUCCAGGUGUUGUUUCGUAUUACAAAGAAUUUGUUGAAGCACUAUAUGAGCUGCUUGGAGAAACUUCAUCGGUAACAGCAAUUGGGCACAUCUCUCAUACAAGAAAGAAUUGGGAGCAUGGAUGUUUGUUCUCAUUACAAGAUCAGAUAGAUCAUAAGAUGGACUUCAUUAAGCAAGAAAUUCGUCAUACAGAAAUUCCUCUCUUAUUGGUUGGACACUCUAUUGGUUCCUAUAUAUCAGUGGAAAUAUUUAAGAGAGUACCAGAGCAGGUGAAAUACUGUAUAGGGCUUUAUCCUUUUCUGACUUUGGACAAGAAAUCUUUCAAGCAGUCUGUGAUUGGGAAGAUUUCAGCGUCUCAAGCUCUAUGCGUUACCCUCAGUUCUAUUGUAGCUGUGUUGGGCUUUCUUCCAAGCAGGGUUACCAGGGCGCUAGUGAGGAGAUACCUUGGGAGCUCAUGGUCUUCUACAGCAGUUGAAGCUACUUGCACUCACCUGCUGCAGUACCAUUGUGUGCGAAAUGUCCUCUUCAUGGCGAUGACGGAGUUCAUAAAGCUUUCAGAAGUUCCAGACUGGAUGUUCAUAAGAGGGAGGCAGGAUAAAAUCGCCUUUUUGUUUGGCAUUGAUGAUCACUGGGGUCCAUUGACAAUGUUUGAAGAGAUCUCCAAGCAGGCCCCAGAUGUUGCUUUAUCAAUAGAAAGGGAGGGUCACACUCAUGCUUUUUGUUCUACUGGGGCUGGAUCGAUAUGGGUUGCCCAACAUGUGGCAAGUUUGAUCAAGUAUCAAUGUCAAGAUAAAAGUGGAAGCAGUCAGGAAAUGCUCGAGGACCUAAAUGCUUAAGGACUCCACAUGUGGGCUAACCAAAACUGGGGUAAGAUUCAGAAGGUUUGGUCUUCCUCAGUGGCCGGAAUUUCAAAUGAUAUUCGGUGAUGGUGCAGUCGAACAUGCCUGAGAAAGUAAAGGAUAUUCCUGCACUGAUGAGGAGAAUGAUCAUGAUGUUGAUCAUGGUGGAAUUAUAAUGCCUUUGGCUUGGGUUGGAUGAUCUCGACAAAGCAGAGCCAGUUGAAAACUCAGAUGGAACUUUUUUUUUUGGUUUCAUUGUCAAUCAUUAUUAUUCACAUAGGAUUAAGGAAGUAAUUAGAGUUACUGUAAUUUGAACUUGCCACAUGGUGAUCAUUGUUCUCUAAUCUCAUUGUAUCUUUCAACAUUAAAAAAUAAAAAUAGGUGUUGAAGUGCGGGAAGUACUUUUUAACAUG